UUCCGGUCUGGACCGCCAUCUUGUCGUGAGACAGCAGGAGCCCGGAGGAGCUGCGGCCUCGCGGAGAUGUUGAGCUCUCCAGCCAUGUACUCGGGUCCCGGCCGAGACCUGGGGAUGGACGUACACAGUGUCGCGGGCCCGGUGCAGCGGCGCUUUUCGCCUUACGCCUUUAACGGAGGUACUGUAUUGGCAAUUGCUGGAGAAGAUUUUUCCAUUGUUGCUUCUGACACUCGAUUGAGUGAAGGAUUUUCAAUUCACACGCGGGACAGCCCUAAAUGUUAUAAAUUAACAGAUAGAACAGUCAUCGGAUGCAGUGGUUUCCAUGGAGACUGUCUGACCUUGACAAAGAUUAUUGAAGCAAGACUAAAGAUGUAUAAGCAUUCCAAUAAUAAGGCCAUGACUACAGGAGCAAUUGCUGCAAUGCUGUCUACAAUCCUGUACUCCAGGCGCUUCUUUCCAUACUAUGUUUACAACAUCAUCGGUGGACUUGAUGAAGAAGGGAAGGGAGCCGUGUACAGCUUUGACCCAGUGGGAUCCUACCAGCGAGACUCCUUCAAGGCUGGAGGCUCUGCCAGUGCCAUGCUGCAGCCCCUGCUGGACAACCAGGUUGGCUUUAAGAACAUGCAGAACGUUGAGCACAUCCCACUGACCUUGGACAGAGCCAUGCGACUGGUGAAAGAUGUCUUCAUUUCUGCAGCCGAGAGGGACGUGUACACAGGGGACGCACUCCGGAUCUGCAUUGUAACCAAGGAAGGCAUCAGGGAGGAGACUGUCCCCCUGCGGAAGGACUGAUAGAGGUGGUGUUAGUGGAACCCUGGUUAGUUCUGUAUCUGGGACUUUGGAUGAGUUUUAUUAAAAGGAGUGAAGUAUA